AUGGGGUGUCUGACUUCAGCUAUGAAUCGUCACAAGUAUGUGCCUAUUCUCUUUGUAAUGACAUUGUUUAGUUUUCCCGCACGCGGAGGGAUAUCAACCUCUCUCUUUAGAACAGCAUGUCAGCGGCCGAGCAGCGGAUGUUCCUGUGCCACAGACCCUAAUGGUCUCUCUGUAACAUGUGACGGUAAUGGGACAUCCCUCUUCCCCUCGGAUCUGCCUGCCCCUGCCAUUAAAAUCACUCUACUUGACUAUCAAGUUUCUAACCUCAACAGAACAGAUUUCUUUGGUGCUGAGAAUCUAACGGAACUGAAUAUUAUAAACUGCAAAAUACAAACUUUAGACGAAUGGGCUUUUGACCAUCUUCAGAACCUGCACAAAAUAAAUUUAACACAAAAUGAAUUAUCCGUGGUGGGCAAGUACGAUUUUUACCACUUGGUGUAUUUGAGAGAGAUUGAUCUCAGCCUAAAUAAAAUCAGCUAUAUUGCUGGAGAUGCAUUCUACUCUCUUCAUAAUUUACGAGACGUGUAUUUGUUUGGUAACCCACUACAUUGUGAUUGUGAGAUGCAAAGAUUCCUGAAUUGGAUCAACCUUAGAAAGGAAAAUGUAUCAGUGGUGAAUGCUCUGUGUGCAAACAGCAACAACACGCUUCUCAAUGAAACGAAAGAUUUUGGAAUAUGCCAAGGUGAACACAAGGCAGCAUAG